UGCGCACCGGACGCGGAGCGAACGGCCGCUCUAAACCUGUACCCACGUGAGCAUCGCGGACAGAAAACCACAACUCCAACUCUCUAUUUUUCCCACUCGACAGGAAUAUCUCCACCACCACAACUGUUUCUCCACCUCCACUUGUUCUAAAUGACAUGGCUUCAUCCGUGACGGGCACAGAGGAGGUCCGGGUGUCGCCGCUGACGCCCCUGAAGUUGGUGGGUCUGGUGUGCGUCUUUCUCGCCCUGUGCCUGGACCUCGGGGCCAUACUGAGCCCGGCCUGGGUGACAGCGGACAAUCAGUACUACCUAACCCUGUGGGUGUCCUGCUGGAAGCCCGUCAGCUCCGUGGACUGGUCCUGUAACUCCACGCUGGCCACCGACUGGCAGGUCGCCAUGCUGGCCCUACUGUUAGGAGGCGCCGCCCUCACCCUGAUCGCCUUCCUCAUGGCGCUUGUCUUCUUGUGCGUCGGCUCCAGGAGUCGCUGCUACAAGCCUGUGGCCAUCAUGCUGUUCUCUGCAGUGGUUCUUCAGGUCUGCAGCUUGGUGUUGUUCCCCAUCAAGUUCAUCGAGACGGCCAGCAUGAAGGUUUACCAUGAGUUCAACUGGGGCUACGGCCUGGCCUGGGGAUCUACCAUCUUCUCCUUUGGAGGAGCCCUCCUCUACUGUCUGAACCCCAAGAACUAUGAGGACUACUACUAAAGCAUGUGAGACAAGAGGACAAAUCAAUCAAACUUUGGUUUUCCACAUCCCCCAAGUUGUAGGAGCUUCUAUUUCACUCAACUGAAAGCACCAACUUUAAUCACAACAAACCAACAGUAAAAAUAUAGAUUAAACAAAAAUGUUGGUAUUAGGACCUGAAACAUUUGAUACUGUGAAUUUACCAUCUCAAAGACAUUUUGGACUGAAGCGCAGAGCUCUAGUGGGAUUGGGGUUUGGCAUUAAUUCAGGAUGGAACAGAGACUUCCAAAACCAGAGUUUAAUCUCUGAUAAUUGUCACUUCUCUGAUGAGUCUGCCUUUCAUUAUUUGGAUCUCCAGUAGGUCUUGGGGUUGGUUUGUUUUUGGCAGAAACUCUGGAACAGAUGGAUUUGCUGAUCCCAUACCAGGAGAAGUAACAACUUGGAGAAGUAAUUAACCAAUCAUAUGAGUCAAGCAAAAGAAUGACAUACAUGCAGACUGAUCAAAGAACCGAGAUCCAGGGAGAAAAUAUCCUAUUUACGGACUUCCCGGCUUUGAAUCACUGAUGAAGGAAAUGUGGCACGCUGCAUCUCAUGACACACAAUGUCUGAAUCGUCCCGUCGUCUUCUUUGUCCAGGCAGUCGAAAUGAGUGAAGCCACAUGUGAAGCUCCAUUGGACUGGAUUUUUCUGUCCUAUUUGAAGAUACUGAAAAUGAGAUUAAUGAUUAGCACAGCCUGUCACAUGUGUACAGUGGUAAAACCAGAAGCAUGACCCCAGUCACACCUGCUUUUUAAAGAAACUGUAUUACACGCAAGUCUGUGCAGUACUAAUGAAGUAUUACUCAUUACACAAAAGCAGGAUGGAAGGUGGCAGGUGACUGUUAUAGUGAAGCAAUAAGGCUUCUUUUAGCAGUAAUU